GUAAUUCUGACUACCGACUAUUGCAGCCAUGGAGUCCAUGCUUAAUAAGCUGAAGAGCACGGUUACAAAAGUAACAGCUGAUGUCACAAGUGCUGUAAUGGGAAAUCCUGUCACCAGAGAAUUCGAUGUUGGUCGACACAUUGCAAGUGGUGGCAGCGGCCUAGCUUGGAAAAUUUUUAAUGGCACAAAAAAGUCAACAAAACAGGAAGUGGCUGUUUUUGUCUUUGAUAAAAAAUUGAUUGACAAAUAUCAAAAAUUUGAAAAAGAUCAAAUCAUUGAUUGUCUAAAACGAGGAGUCCAACAGUUAACUCGGCUACGACACCCUCGACUUCUUACUGUUCAACAUCCUUUAGAAGAAUCCAGGGACUGCUUGGCAUUUUGUACGGAACCAGUUUUUGCCAGUUUAGCAAAUGUUCUUGGUAACUGGGAAAACCUACCUUCUCCUGUAUCACCAGACAUUAAGGAUUAUAAACUUUAUGAUGUAGAGACCAAAUAUGGUUUACUUCAGGUUUCUGAAGGAUUGUCAUUUUUACAUAGUAGCGUGAAAAUGGUUCAUGGAAAUAUUACUCCUGAAAAUGUCAUUUUGAAUAAAAGUGGAGCCUGGAAAAUAAUGGGCUUUGAUUUUUGUGUGUCAUCGACCAAUCCUUCUGAACAAGAGCCCAAGUUCCCUUGCAAAGAAUGGGACCCAAAUUUGCCAUCAUUGUGUCUUCCAAAUCCCGAAUACUUGGCUCCUGAAUACAUACUUUCUGUGAGCUGUGAAACAGCCAGUGAUAUGUACUCUCUAGGAACUAUUAUGUAUGCGGUUUUUAAUAAAGGGAAGCCUAUAUUUGAAGUCAACAAGCAAGAUAUUUACAAGAGUUUCAGCAGACAGUUGGAUCAGUUGAGUCGUUUGGGAUCUAGUUCGCUCACUAAUGUACCUGAGGAAGUCCGUGAACACGUAAAACUGCUGUUAAAUGUUACUCCAACUGUAAGGCCAGAUGCAGAUCAAAUGACAAAGAUUCCCUUCUUUGAUGAUGUUGGUGCAGUGACACUGCAGUAUUUUGAUACCUUAUUCCAAAGAGAUAAUCUUCAGAAAUCACAGUUUUUCAAAGGACUGCCAAAGGUUCUGCCAAAACUUCCCAAGCGGGUAAUCGUGCAGAGAAUUUUGCCUUGUUUGACUUCAGAAUUUGUAAAUCCUGACAUGGUACCUUUUGUUUUGCCUAAUGUUCUACUGAUUGCUGAGGAAUGUACCAAAGAAGAAUAUGUUAAACUAAUUCUACCUGAACUAGGCCCCGUCUUUAAGCAGCAGGAGCCAAUCCAGAUUUUGUUAAUUUUCUUACAAAAAAUGGAUUUGCUACUCACCAAAACUCCUCCUGAUGAGAUAAAGAACAGUGUCUUACCAAUGGUGUAUAGAGCACUGGAAGCUCCUUCCAUUCAGAUCCAGGAACUCUGCCUAAACAUCAUUCCAACCUUUGCAAAUCUUAUAGACUACCCAUCCAUGAAAAAUGCUUUGAUACCAAGAAUUAAAAAUGCGUGUCUACAAACGUCUUCCCUUGCUGUUCGUGUAAAUUCAUUAGUGUGCUUAGGAAAGAUUUUGGAAUACCUGGAUAAGUGGUUUGUACUUGAUGAUAUUCUACCCUUCUUACAACAAAUUCCAUCCAAGGAACCGGCAGUCCUCAUGGGAAUUUUAGGUAUUUACAAGUGUACUUUUACUCAUAAGAAGUUGGGAAUCACCAAAGAACAGCUGGCUGGAAAAGUACUGCCACAUUUAAUUCCCCUGAGUAUUGAAAACAAUCUUAAUCUCAAUCAGUUCAAUUCUUUCAUUUCCGUCAUAAAAGAAAUGCUUAAUAGAUUGGAGUCUGAACAUAAGACCAAACUGGAACAACUUCAUAUAAUGCAAGAACAGCAGAAAUCUUUGGACAUAGGAGGUCAAAUGAAUGCUUCAGAAGAGAUAAAAGCUACAAAUGUUGGGAAUCAGCAGAUCGACAAGGUUUUUAACAGUAUUGGAGCUGACCUUCUGACUGGUGGAGAACCAGAUAAUAAAGACGAUGGACUACAGAAUAAACAUAAAGGAGCAUCACUUACACUUGAAGAAAAACAAAAAUUGGCAAAAGAACAAGAACAAGCACAGAAGUUGAAAAGCCAGCAGCCUCUUAAACCUCAAGUACAUACACCCAUUGCCCCGGUCAAACAGACUAAGGACUUGACAGAUACCUUGAUGGAUAACAUGUCGUCUUUGACCAGCCUUUCUGUUAGUACUCCUAAAAUUGCCACACCAAGUACCUUUGCUUCUGUUUCUCCUAUGGGCCUUGGCAUGAUGUUUUCUACACCAGUUGAUAAUACAAAGAGAAAUUUGACAAAUGGUCUCAACGCCAACAUGGGCUUUCAGACUUCAGGAUUCAACAUGCCAGUUAAUACAAACCAAAACUUCUUCAGUAGUCCAGGUGCACCUGGAGUAAACAAGAUGACCCUUGGAACACCUGCCUCUUUGCCGAACUUCAAUGCUAUGAGUCCUGCUCCUGCUGGCUCGAAGCCCACUCAACAGAGACCCACAGAUAUGUCUGCCCUUAAUAAUCUUUUUGGCCCUCAGAAACCCAAAGUUAGCAUGAACCAACUCUCACAACAGAAACCAAAUCAGUGGCUUAAUCAGUUUGUACCUCCUCAGGGGUCUCCAAGUAUGGGCAGUACAGUAGUGGGAACACAGAUGAACAUGAUGGGACAGUCUGCCUUUGGAAUGCAGGGUAAUCCUUUCUUUAACCCACAGAACUUUGCACAGCCACCAACUACUAUGACCAAUAGUGGUUCAGCUAGCAAUGAUUUAAAAGAUCUCUUUGGGUGAAGUGUCUUUCUCCAAUUUUUGAUGGACGACUUCAGUUUUAAUCAUGGAUAAGCUGUUUUCAUCUCUGUGUAGUUGGCUUGGAAGAGCUUCGGGAACUUGAAUGGUUCUGUGACAGAAAAUUCCAUCUUGUAAGUUGUAUAAACUCUUGACCAGUUGUGUUUUUAAAGCAUUGAGGAUUUUUUUCCUCUUACCAACUUCUUCAGAUUUUUGAAGACCUAACCCUUACCAAUCUCAAAGAAAAAUGAUCAAUUAAAUAUCUUGAAUAGUAAAAUUUUUUAACACAUGAUGAUUUUAGUUUGUAAAUCUUGGUGUUCUAAAAAAACUGAGUUGAUUAUAAUUGCAGGUUUCAUCUGUUAAGUGCUACGUGGUAUACAAUCUAUCUUCACAAGUCACAAGUCUUCAUUUCAAUAUGUGAAAAAUCUUAUGCUGUAUUGAUUUGUUUGCAUUCGUAUGACCAAGUGAGAAAAUAAUAAGCUUAAAGAAAAGGAUCAGGUUAUUUGCUUUUCCCAGUCUUAUGAACAUCUCAAAUAUACUAGUGUUUAGUACAAAAGACUGAGCAAAUAUUGCAAAAUUUAACUUACUACAUUUUAUUAUUAUUCCAACUUCAGGCAUUAUUAGCCAUCUGAAAUGCAAACUGAUCAUUGUAAGUUAUAUUUUAGCAUGGUCUGCCUCAAAUAGUAAUGUAUUUUUCUGCAUUUACUUGGCUAUAUUUAGAAUCACUUUUUCCUACUGUAUCAUUAAAAAAGUAUAUAACUAAUUUGUACAAAUAUUUGACAAAACACUCUGAUGUGACUUCCUUGAGUACUGCCUUCCUAUUUUAAUUUUAAAUUCAAACUUCUGAGGUUACAGCAUCUAUGAAUUGCAUUUUCAAAAAGAUUUGUAAGAGAUAAACUAUAUUUCAUGAGUAAAUUUUUGAGAUUUUUUUCCCGUAUUGUUUCAAAUGUAAUGAACUU